UUCAAUGGGAUGCGCGAGGAGCGGGAGCUGAGUUGAGGCAUAGACCCUCUCUCGUGGGCGUCGUUUCGCACUCCAGCAAUAGAGAGGGGACCAUUGGUGAUACCUGGAUCAAGUGUAACUGCGCGAAGAGCUGCAUAUCUAAAAAAAAAUAAUAAUAAUAAUAAAAACGUCAGCUGAGCUACGGCUUUCAAAACCCCGCGCGCACGCUUUAAGGAGAGGACCGAAACAAACAAAAAAAAUCUUUCAGCAGCAACAAACCUCAACUUUUUAUGGACGCAUGCAUAUUUUUAAAACUAAAGCAACGGAUUGAUUUUGGAUUGGGAAACAGGCUUUGUGAAGAGGCAACACAUUAGUACGGAGCGUUUGCGGCCUGUCGGAGGCAGGAUCAGGAGCGUGCGGAGUCACAGAUAGCGAUGAAGUCGGCAGGCAUCGGCGACGGAGGGCUCUUCACAGAGAGCUACUGCAACAUCUGCAACGCCCAGCUCAUCUCCGAGUCACAGCGAGUCGCACACUAUGAGAGCAAGAAACACGCCAAUAAAGUGCGCCUCUUCUACAUGCUGCAUCCCGAGGACGGGGGCCCCCCCUCCAAGAGACUGAGGCCCGACAAUCCGGACAGUGAUGAGACCGAGGUGGACCGGAACAAGUGCUGCACGCUCUGCAACAUGUUCUUCACCUCCGCCAUCGUGGCCCAGUCGCACUACCAGGGAAAGACUCACGCCAAGAGGGUGCGCCUGGUCCUGGGAGGCCCGCCCAGCACGCCCACACCCUCAGAUUCCGCCCCGGGCAUACCCCAGCCCAAUGACCUGCCCCCGCCCCCGCCUCCUCCGCCGCCCCCCCUGUGGCCCCUGGCCAAUAACGGCGAGGCGGGGAAGUACUGCUGCCUGUGCGGCGCCUGGUUCAACAACCCCCUGAUGGCACAGCAGCACUACGAGGGCAAGAAGCACAAGAGGAACGCAGCGCGGGCGCGACUGCUGGAGCAGCUGGCGGGGAGCCUGGACGCCACCGAGGGCACAGGUCUGCGCAGCAGUUACUCCUGCAGCGUGUGCAACGUGAUUCUCAACUCAAUCGAGCAGUACCACGCACACCUCCAGGGCUCCAAGCACCAAAACAACCUGAAGCAGCACCAGCAGUAGGGUCCGAGCGGCCCCUGAACAGACACCCAGUGGCGGCAGGGACCUCCAGCGAUAUCCAGAGGGACGCAAAGGGUUUCGCUGUGCGCUCUUGGACACAUCCCCCUGGUGUCUCGGGGCUCCUCCCAGUAUUUCAGCAUCUGUUCUGACGACCACAAGCAGGAGCUUGCAGCCACCGCAACCUCCCUUGAGCGUCACGGAGCUGCUGGACAUCACGGUCCCCUCCUGCGACCGCAAACCUUAAUUGAUGUCAUUUGUGUUACCAAAAAAAAAAAUGAGAAAAAACUGCAAAUAAAACAAUGUUGACAAUAAUAAUGAUAGUCAUAGUGAAACAUAGAUGAUGCAGGCGAUGCUGUUUUCGUGAGUAUUUUUAACAGGUUCUCUCAGUCUCUGUGCUGCAGCGGCGCGGCGUGCGGCAACUCUGUCCAACGGUCAGAAACCAGACUGGACUGCUUGGCUCGGGUCCAACCAGGGAGAGCAUGAGCAGCAGCACAGGAAAGCCUGAACUCUGUAACAUCUUUGUUGUGUUACGGCCCUCAGAAUGCUGUUGCACAAGACCUAUCAGCUCGGACACAGCAGCGGCUUUCGUGGUCUGCCUUCGACUCGUGUUUUCUUGACCCGUUUAACCUCUUCACCUCCCUCCCCUCCCAAGAAUGAAACAAACCUCACCCAAGGACUAAUCAGAGACAAAAGGCUCUGUCACAGCAGCUGCUAGCUUUUCCCAGUCUACCAACCGCAGCUUGUAAUCACAAGCUGUUUGUGCAAUUCCGCUGAUUGCUAUUAAGACGUUGGGAAUCGGUC